ACAAACCCGUUAAUCCUGUGUGGUUUCUCAUCUGUCACUUGGCUUUCCAAUUUACUGGAGAAAAACUGUUGCUGUGUGGCUUAGAAAUGGCAGGAGCUGAGGGAAACCAUAUGAGCACUGGAUGAGAGAAGCUGCAAGCCUAGCCCGGAGGGCUUGCUUGCUGAGAUCGUGUUGUGAUGCCUGGGAGAAGGCAGGUGCAGGCAGUAGUAGAAAGGAGGCCGAAAAGUGUCUUCCGGCAGCAGGAAGUGGUAAGCACCUAUGGGGAAAUGAGGCUUGUUCUUCCUUUUGGGGUUGAGCAGAAGGGGAACCAAAGCAGAACCCUGCUCCCUACCCCCAAGGGGACCUGGAGGGAACACAGGCAGCUGCACAACUUCCCGGCCCAGGUCUCCAGGCUGCUUAGGUCUUUCAGGCUGUAACUCAGGAAGCAGGCAGCGUCUGGCGAGGCUGGGGAGGCAGGGAGAGGCCUGGGCCUGGAGCAGCGACGGGGCCACUGCUCGCUGCCUAGGGGGCCCGGGGCCCGGGGAGGUGGCAGCACAGAUAGCCUUGUGAAGGAGGUGCCAGCCAGGCGGGCAGCUCUUGUGCUGACUGCUUCGCCGCGAAGCUUGGGCACAGGGUGGUGUAGGUGUAGGCCCAGUCGGAGGAGGGUGCCUUGAGGCUGCGAGGGGGCGCUGUUCCCCUGAAAGCCCCUCGGGGCCCGCGUCUGGCCGGGGCCGCCCCGCCCCCCGGGGGGACCGCGCUGGGGGCGGGGCGAGGCGGGGCCGCCGCACGGGGCUGGCUGGGGCCCCGGGUCCCAGCUUUUGGCCUCUUGCCGCCGCCCGCGUGGGAGAAUCCGAGCUCGACGGCGCGGCCCUGUGGCCGCCAUGGCUGCGCAUGGGAAGCUGCGGCGGGAGCGGGGGCUGCAGGCGGAGUAUGAGACGCAAGUGAAAGAGAUGCGCUGGCAGCUGGGCGAGCAGCUGCGCUGUCUGGAGCUCCAGGGGGAGCUGCGGCGCGAGCUGCUGCAGGAGCUGGCAGACUUCAUGCGGCGCCGAGCCGAGGUGGAGCUCGAGUACUCCCGGGGCCUGGAGAAGCUGGCCGAACGCUUUGCCAGCCGGGGCGGCCGCCUCGGGGGCAGCAGCCGAGAGCAACAGAGCUUCCGGAAGGAACCGUCGCUCCUGUCCCCCCUGCACUGCUGGGCUGUGCUGCUGGAGCAGACGCGGCAGCAGAGCCGCGAGAGCGCGGCCCUCAGCGAGGUGCUGGCCGGGCCCCUGGUCCAGCGCUUGGCUCACAUCGCCGAGGAUGUGGGGCGCAUUGUCAGGAAGAGUAAGGAGCUGGUGCAGCAGCUGCAGGAUGAGCUCCUGGAGGUGGUGUCAGAGCUCCAGACGACCAAGAAGACAUACCAGGUGUACCACAUGGAGAGUGUGAACGCUGAAGCCAAGCUCCGGGAGGCGGAGCGGCAGGAGGAGAAGCGCACGGGCAGGAGUAGCUCGGCUGCCCCGGCCAACGCGGCCCCCAGCACCACAGCCACAACCCCCAGCGCUGACGCGGGGCCCCUCCGGAAGAGCUCCCUCAAAAAGGGAGGCCGGCUGGUGGAAAAGCGUCAGGCCAAAUUCUUAGAGCACAAACUCAAGUGUACCAAGGCACGGAAUGAGUACCUGCUCAGCCUGGCCAGUGUCAAUGCGGCCGUCAACAACUACUACCUGCACGAUGUCAUGGACCUCCUGGAUUGCUAUGACACAGGCUUCCACUUGGCCCUGGGGCAGGCCCUCCGAAGCUACACGACCACUGAGAGCCACGCCCACACCGCGCAGCUGCAGGGCCUGGGCAGCCUGGAAGAGGCUCUGGAGGCGCUGGACCCCCCGGGGGACAAGGCCAAGGUGCUCGAGGUGCAUGCUAUGGCCUUCUGCCCCCCACUGCGUUUUGACUACCAUCCCCAUGAGGGCGAUGAGGUUGCUGAAAUUCAGGUGGACAUGGAGCUGCGUGAAGAGAUUUUGCCCAGAGCCCAAAACAUCCAGAGUCGCCUGAACCGACAGACCAUUGAGACAGAGGAGGUAAACAAGACACUGAAAGCAACUCUGCAGGCUCUCCUGGAGCUGAUGGCAUCAGAUGAUGGGGAUGCCUUAGACUCCUUCCAGGCCAGUCCUUCUACGGAGUCCCUCAAGUCUACUAACUCAGACCCUGGCACGAGGCAGGCAGGCCGGAGACGGGGCCAGCAGCAGGAAACAGAGACCUUCUACAUCACGAAGCUCCAGGAGUAUGUGAGCGGCCGAAGCAUCCUUGCCAAGCUGCAAGCCAAGCAUGAGAAGCUUCAGGAGGCCAUACAACGAGGUGACAAGGAGGAGCUGUCUUGGACUCAGUGCACAAAGAGAAGAUUCCCAAAGAGCCGCCACCCCCGUCCUAGUUCCCAAUAUAACCAGAAACUCUUUGGAGGAGAUUUGGAGAAGUUUAUUCAGAGCUCAGGCCAAACUGUACCGCUGGUGGUGGAGAGCUGUAUCCGCUUCAUUAACCUCAAUGGCCUGCAGCAUGAGGGCAUCUUCCGGAUAUCAGGUGCCCAGCCUCGGAUCUCCGAGAUCCGCGAUGCGUUUGAGAGAGGGGAGGACCCUCUGGUGGAGGGGUGUACCGCCCACGACCUGGACUCAGUAGCUGGGGUGCUUAAGCUCUACUUCCGCAGCCUGGAGCCCCCACUCUUCCCUGCAGAUCUGUUCAAUGACCUUCUGGCUUCUGCAGAGCUGGAAGCCAUGAUGGAGCGGGUGGAGCCUGUGGGUCAGCUGUUGGCCCAGCUGCCCAGUGCGGUGCUGGUGGUCCUGCGCUACCUUUUCGCCUUCCUCAAUCACUUGGCACAGUACAGCGAUGAGAACAUGAUGGACCCUUACAACCUGGCUGUGUGCUUUGGGCCCACACUCCUGCCGGUGCCCGCGGGGCAGGACCCCGUGGCCUUGCAGGGCCGGGUUAACCAGCUGGUGCAGACGCUCAUCUUGCAGCCUGGACAGGUGUUCCCAUCUUUGGCUGAUCUGCCAGGCCCCGUCUAUGAGAAGUGCAUGGCACCACCUUCUGCUGCCUGCCUAGGGGACACACAUCUGGAGAGCCUUGGGGAGAACGAGCCAGAGCUGGAAGCUGGGAGCCCAGCUCAGGAGGAUGACACAGAAAAGGGUGUCAUAGAGGCUGUGGCCUGCUUUGCCUACACGGGCCGCACAGCGCAGGAGCUGACCUUCCAGCGAGGUGAUGUGCUCCGGCUGCACGCGCGGGCGUCGAGUGACUGGUGGCGAGGCGAGCAUGCGGGCGUGCGCGGCCUUGUUCCCCACAAGUACAUCACACUGCCCGAGGGGCUGCAGCCAGAUCCUCCACCCGAAGCCACUGCCCCCUCUGGCCCCAGACGGCAGUGCUUGGUCCCAGCUUCUCCGGAGGUGGACAAGGCUGUGGCGCAGAACAUGGAUUCAGUGUUUAAGGAGCUCUUGGGAAAGGCCAUUGUUCGCCAGGGCCUCGGGCCAGCAGCUACUGCCUCCCCAAGCCCGGGGACUCGAAGCUGCCUGGGCAAGAACAAAGGCUUCUUCCGGGGAUCUGGGGUCCCUACUUCCCCCCAGACUUCCCAGCCCCAUGGCCCAGACUUGGCCUUCAAGCCGCACUGACAUUCUCUGGUGGAGCUGGCGUAGGCUCUACUCCAGGAAGCAGCCAGCAAGCCCCCCGUCCUGCCCGCCCCAGGCCCUUUGCUUCUCUGCAGCUUUGUUAUGAGGUGAGGGUAGUGGCUCAUAAAGAUCUAUGCAUUGA